AUGGCCAUGGAAGGCCCAGCAGUCCGCGCGGACGGACGGGGCGAGGGCAUCGCGAGGGCAGACAGCGCCAGAACAGGUGCCGCGGCGCAUAAAGAUGGGGGAACUCGGGGCGUCGGCGAGCCAUGGCUUCCAUUUUGGCAUCGCGAGCGUCCAAUCGUCGGGCUUCACGAAUCCACGAUGUCAUGCCGACGUGGCAUGCCAAUAAACCUGCGAGCCUCGAGGCUUCGACCAACGCUGGAAGCAUGGAACCCUGAACACGAUACUUGGCCUCGUCUUGAACACCAUGGCAUUUGGGUCAACCGGAAUGUUCUUCGGCGAGCCAUCGCCAGGGAACUGACCGGUGCUAGUGUCGAAGCCGGGGUGUCGACGCAAGGCUACGACAUGUGGUCCGUCAUGGACGAGCCCACGCUAGAUGAGAGGCCGGAUUUCUGGAGGCUUGAGCUCGUGUCCAGAUGCAUGACAACCAACACCGACUGGCAAGGGGAAAUUACGAAAGUGUUCCAAACCCUUCAGAGGAUCGGGGAGACGCAGCUGACGACAGGCUGCUCGAUGCACGUGCACGUCCCCCCUUCUCGGGAAGGCAACAGUUACAAACCCGAACAGCUACACAGCAUCAUGAAGGCCGUCGCGUACUUUGACCGCGCCGUCACGGCCGCCGUCCCCCCCGACCGGAAAGACAACGAAUGGGCGGCGUCAAAUUUCCAGAAAGGAAGCUGCGCUCCUCGGUAUGCGGAGCUGUAUAGCAACAUGUCCUCACUUACAUGGGGACCCCUCUUCCAGGAGUUCGACCGGAUCAGGCUCCCUGCGCUGAUCCCCAUCAAUGUCUUCAAGAACAAGUAUGUGUCCUGGAACUUUAAGCAUUUGGGUUCGGAGUGCGGAACGGUCGAGUUUCGACGCCCACCGGGUGUUAAGGAUGCAAGAAGUGCCCUGUACUGGGUCGCUUUCACGCUUGGAUUCUUGGAGGGAGCCAUGGGUCACGACUGGAGCAAUAUGAAGGAGGAGAAGACACAUGGGGCAUUCCUCGAUCUUCGAAUUAUAAUACGUGGUGGCCUGAAGAGGCUGGGACCUAGUUGUGCAGGGAUCAUUGAUAAUAUGGAUGAUAUUCGGGAAGAAAAAUCUCAACCCACGCCGGCCACACGGCAAGAGAAAGAAGUCAUUGCGGCGAAGAAGAGAGAAAAACUUGACAAGGAAAGCAAUUUUGCGGUCAAAGUUAAUUCCCGACCAAGCACUCCAGCAUCCGCCAGUGCUUCAUCUUGA